AUGCCACCCCCAUACCCGCUGCACGAGUCCGUCGCUUCAAAAAUACAUCCAGAAUAUGUCUCCUUCUACAACAAACACAUCAUUAAUCAGGAGCAGGUACAUCUCCAACCCGUUGCCGCAUCGCGCACAUCUGGGGUCCUCAUACCAGGCGCGGGGCCAUUGUUACCUGUGGGUAAACAAGAAGAUAUCUUUAUUAAACGGAAGGAGAGUGAUGGUCUAGAUGUGAAUUUGCGAUGCUUCACUCCAAUCGCGGAGAAAGCGCCGGCGGGCGGGUGGCCAGCGCUUAUUUACUUUCACGGGGGCGGGUGGGUGCUCGGGAAUAUCGAUACGGAGAAUGUCGUCUGUACGAAUAUCUGCUCCAGGGCCGAGUGUGUGGUUAUUACCGUUGAUUACAGACUCGCGCCGGAAAACCCAUUCCCAGCGGCGGUACACGAUUGCUGGGAGGCCGUCCUUUGGGCAUUAUCGGAAGGCCGCACGCAUCUCAACCUUGACAUCUCGCGCAUCGGUGUGGGAGGCUCGAGUGCAGGCGGCAACCUUGCAGCCGUCAUGACACAUCGAUGUGCGGCGCGGAAUUUUUCGCCUCUAAAAGUACAGCUACUCAGUGUCCCGGUGAUGGACAACACAGCUGAUGUCAGUAACAACAUCUCCUACCGUGACAAUGAACACAUCCCUGCUCUCCCUGCUGCGAAAAUGCUUUGGUAUAGACGACACUAUCUGCCCCGAGAAUCAGACUGGGCAAACCCUGAAGCCAGUCCAUUGUUUUACGCGGACGAGUCACCCACUUGGUCUGGUGUACCUCCCGCAAUCAUGAUGGUGGGAGAGCUUGAUGUGUUAAGGAGCGAAGGAGAGAAGUACGCGGAGAAAUUGAUGAAAUCCGGGAUUCACAUUGACUUGCAUGUUAUGGAGGGGAUGCCCCAUCCGUUCCUUGCAAUGGAUGGAGUCCUGCAAGCCGGCAGAGACGCUAUCACCUAUAUGGUUGAGGGCUGUAAAAAGUUCCUAUAA